GAAAAAACAAAAAAAAAGUUUAACCUAUUUGUUCCAUUCAUUUAUCCAUUCAUCACACAUAGCCUAAAGUGAGAUAUGAGAUUUUUAAAGUUUGAAUUCAAAAGAAUUUUUUUUGUAUGAGUUGAACAAAUCAUUAUUUGAUGGCAUAGUUGAACAACAAUGUACCGGUAUGACAAAUAAUUUGCUUUCUAAUUGAAACUUGUAAUAAUUCAGAUGCCGUCAAAAAAAAGGAGCAAAUCAUUUAGUCCUGUAAGAGAGCGAGAUUAUAAGCAUGAUGCUCUCCCGGCACCAGGACAUCACAAUAAUUACAAAAGUCCUGAAAGAAGAAGCAGAUUCAAGCAACAAUCAGCACCAUCCCCAGACCCCUACAGAAAAGUCAUCCAGGAGCCACAGAGAGCCAAGACCUGUUAUUUCUAUCGUGAUGGAGACACCAAGUUCAAAGCUGUCAAAGUUUGUGUACAUCCUAAAAAGUUUUCCAGACUAGAGACUCUUGUUUCUGAGCUGUCUUUAAAAGUCACUCUUCCAUUUGGUGUAAGGAGUAUUUAUACGCCACAUGGAUCAGACAGGAUUACUUCCCUUGAUAUGCUAGAGGACAAUGGUAACUACAUUUGUUCCCCACUGCGUCAGCAGGCAAAAGGUCUGGAUCCAAACAGUGUGGUGCCUCCACUGACUUGGCAUUACCAAAAGCCAUCAAGUGGCACCAAGGAAUUGAAUCGUUUGUUGCAGGAAAAAUUUUUUGAAAAUAAGACUCGAAGACUUACCAGAAGCUAUUUACCAAGAGAUCAUGUUAUGGCAAAUGCUUACAAUAGAACACAACCCAAAAAAUUAACUGUUCUAAAAAAUGGUGAACCCUCCGUUCGUCAUGUGGUGCUUAUCAAUCGCCGAACAGCACAGACUUUUGAACAGAUUCUUGCUGAUCUCAGUGGGAUGUUUGGCAUGGCUGUGCGAAAGCUUUACACGUUGGAGGGGAAAUCAAUAAACAACCUCCUAUCUUUAGUCAAUGGGCCUGAUAUUUUGGUAGCAGCUAACCAGGAGCCAUUCAGAACUAUGGUUGGCUUUAUACCAGAAUCAUUAGAUAGAGAGUCUCGUAUGAGAAGCAGAAUCAGCACUUAUAGCCGUUUUGAUGUCCGAAGUCGCAUUGACACAAGCAGUCAGAUGGAUUUGUCCAGUAGAGUAGAUGUUAGCACAGACAGGGGAACAUCUCGAAUGAAAAAACGAAAAGAUCGUUUGGCUAAAACAAGGGGUCAUUGGAAGAUAUGGUGUAAAACAAAUGAACUAUCCAGCUCAGGUACAAGUGCACAAAUCAGUAUCACAGUCUAUGGCAGCAAAGAUAACUCUGGUGCCAUUCCUCUUGGCUUUCCAUAUGGCUCAAACUUCCAACCUGGUCAAGUGGAUGAAUUUGAUGUUAACUUAGGUAAAGAUGUUGGAGAAGUCUACAAAAUACGUUUAUCUCAUGACAAUUCUGGAAGUGACCCUGACUGGUUCUGUGAUGAGAUACGAAUGCAAGACAUGGAUACAGAAGAGCUCCUUGUUUUCCCAUGUCAUAAAUGGCUUGCCAGAAAUAAAGGUGACAAUGAAAUCAGUAGAGAAUUGCCUGCAGACAGAAAAGGAGAACCUCAGUUGCCAGUGAUCAAAUAUGAAGUGACUGUUGUGACUGGGGAUCUUUGGAAUGGAGGUACACGCUCUAAUGUCUAUUUGACUAUCUAUGGGGACAGAGGAGAUUCUGGUGUGCGGCAACUAUUUGCUCAAAGCAAGGAGGAAAUCUUUAACAAAGGACAGACCAACCAUUUUACAGUGGAGGCUGUAUCUCUUGGUAUCAUCAAACGUGUCAUUGUGGGACAUGAUGGGACUUCUCCAGGUGAUGGGUGGUACCUGGAGAAAUUGAUAAUUCGUGAGCCAGAUGCAAAAUCUCAUGAAGUUUAUUCUUUUUACUGUGGAAGGUGGCUAGACUCUGGUGAAGAUGAUGGGAAAAUUGUCAGAGAACUUAAAGUGCAAGAUGACUACUUGGAGGAUAUACUGGAGAAAAGAAAUUGGGAAUAUGAAAAAUGGAAGUUUGAAAGCAAAACUCAAAUAAAGCUGAUGUCUAUGCUAACAGGGAAAGCACUUAGAAUAAAACCAGAUGGCACAGUGGAUGGUCUUGGGGAGGACUCUUUCCCAGGAUCAACUCUAAUUGUCUCCUCCAAGAAACCCAUGGUCAGAAUAUUUGCCAGUUUUCAAAACUCCAACUAUCACUUGGCUGUUGAUAAUGGAAAAAUUACAGGAAUGGGACGUGGUGGACCGCAGUGUGAAUUUAGAGUCCAUGUUCAAUCUGACCGUACUGUGAUGUUGGAAGCUGCCAAGUCACCAUUACAGUUUAUUAGUCUACUAGAGAAUGGUAAAUUGGGGGAAUCAAGAUCAAUUCUGGAUAAGGAUCCUGCUAAAAGAUUUCAUGUUUAUGUCAAGGGCAUAAUGCGACACAAGGGUAUAAUCAUGUUGCGUACAUCCAACACACAAGCUAUCAGUGUAGACCAUGACAAAUCUGUCUAUGCAACAGGGCGAUGCAACAGAGCAGCUCAUUUUAGGGUUCACAAAGUUGACCAAGGAGGUGUUCGGAUGUUUGAAAGUAUGAUCUACCCAGGAUUCUACCUGAGAUACAAAGAUGGAGUCUUUGAUUCUAAUGGCAGUCGCAGUGAAGAUUCACAUUUCUUAGUCACCAAACAUAAAAACAAAGGUUACUUUACAUUGCAAUUGAACAAGCGUAGAGGAACAUUUGUUGGCUUUACACCUCGUGGGGAUGUACGACCAAUGGUUGAGAAUGGAUCUGAUGAUGUUCAUAUAUUUCCAGAAGUCAUUGAAUUUGGCAUAUCAAAGAGUCAACUAUCUGAUGAUAAUAUGACACCAAUAUCUGAAAGAGCCAGCUAUGAUGGAGCAGACACAAGAAGACAAGCUAAAAUUGAAGAUGGAGAUUUCAAUGUCCACAUCACCACAGCUGAAAGUUUAGAAAAUGGUCAUGUGCAGCUGACAGUGUUUGGAGAGAAAGGUUCCACUGCACCAAUCUUGCUGACUGGAUCUAGUGACAAAGGUCCUUUGUUUAAAUCAGGCUCCAUUGAUCAGUUUAAAAUCAAUUUGUCUAAAAUUGGUAAACUGCGUAAAUCAAGGUUAGAGUUAGUUCCUCAUGGGCUUAAUAUAGAUCCAGUUUGGAAAGUGCAGAGAAUGAUCUUGACAGAUCUGAAUACGCAGGAGAAGUAUGUGUUUAACUUUGACUGCUGGUUGUCAAGGGAGAGCAGCAAUCAGGACAUUAUCAAGGAACUGCCUGCAGUAAAGGAAGGUCAUUUGACUAAUGGUUUACCUGUUGUGAAAUAUUUUGUCACUGUGUUUACGGGGAGAGAACCUGGUUCAGAAUCAAAUGCCAAGAUUCAUCUCAACAUUUUUGGUGAUCUAGGAGAUUCAGGCAAAAGACUAUUGCGAAUAUCAGACAAGGUCAAACCUUUUCAGCGUGGCCAGUCUGACACAUUUGAAAUAGAAGCAGUUCAUCUGGGUGCUUUAAACAAAAUUCAAAUUGGCCACAAUGAGACAAAACCUGGUGAUGGCUGGUUCUGUGAAAAAGUAGUCAUUAGAGAAGGAAAGACUGCUAAUAUGGAGUUUGUCUUCCCAUGUAACAGAUGGUUUGAUUCCAACAUGGAAGAUAGAAAACUAGAAAGGACUCUCUUGGUUCAGGAACCAGCACCAUCCAAAAGACAAGACUCCAAAGAAGAUGUCCAGAUCUAUCUAAGUACACAUCCAAACUCUGGUAAUGUGCUCGACACAGCCAUGCUGUAUGCCUAUAGUAAAGAUGGCUCAGUUUCCUCUCUGACCCUUGGAGCUGGUCGGGAUGGAUUUUUCAAACCAGGAGCAACAGAUGAGUUUAAACGAACAAUUUUUCAGAAGUUAAAUUCUAUUUACAAAGUGAGGCUAGGAUUGACAGAAGAAAUACCCGGAAGUGAUUGGCAUGUUGAAAAGAUAAAAAUAAAAAGUCCUAAUUCUGGAGAAGAAUUAGAUUUUGAUGUCAGUCGCUGGAUAUCAAGAAAAAAAGAAGAUUGUGAUGUUUGGAGGGAACUUCCAGCAGCACGGUUUGAGGAGCCUCCACUUCCAGUCAUAACUUAUAUUGUUGAAGUGCACACCUCAGACAUCACUGGAGCUGAUACAGAAGCAUCUAUCUUUAUAACUCUUCUUGGUGAACGAGGUGAUACUGGGAAAAGAAGAUUGUUUGUCACUCAAACUGAAGGCAAAAUGUUUUCCCAAGGCAAGAUUGACAGUUUUACUAUUGAGGCAGUGACUUUGGGAACUCUUAAAUCAGUUAUCAUUGGUCACACUGAGAAGCGGCCAGGUGCUGGUUGGCAUUUGUCAUAUGUUGCUGUCAAAGAACCAGAUUUCAAUGAUGAACAAUUGGAGACAUUUUUUCCUUGUGAAAAGUGGCUUGAUACAGGUCAGGAUGAUGGACUUACUGAAAGACAACUAUUUCCUGGCCAGCGUCCAAAAGCAAUAAUAAAAUCAAAUGGAGAAUUCACUUUAUGGGUCAAGACUGCCCAAGACUCACAACCAUCCAAUGGUGGUAAAGCAGUGCUGGUUAUUUAUGGUGACAGAGGUCGCAGUCCAGAUAUAGAUCUCCAUGCACCAAGCAGCACUGCCAAAUUGUUUGAACCAGGAAAGGAUGAUGAAUUUCAGGUGUCUGCUGGUGAUAUUGGACAAGUGUAUAAAAUUAGGAUAACGAGAGAAGAUAAGCCAGACUGGAAGGCUUGGCAUCUUAAUGAGGUUAAACUUCUAAAUAAGACAACAAAAGAAGUGAAUGUGUUCAUAUUUGAUUGCUGGCUGGCUAAUGACACAGAGGAUGGAGACUUUACUGCUGAAAGACCUGUUCUUAUUGAUGGACAAGAAAAAUUUGCAUUGAAGAAAUAUGAAAUUAAAGUGACCACUGGAGAUCACUGGGCUGCUGACACUGAUGCUAAUGUAUAUGUUCUACUCUAUGGAUCCAAUGGUGAUUCAGGAAAACGUUUUCUGAAAAGAUCAAAGACUAAAAAAAGAAAAUUCCAACGAGGCACAGAUGAUAUAUUCACUCUAAAAGCUGUUGACCUAAAAAUUAUUGAUUCAGUUGUGGUUGGGCAUGAUGGGAAAGGUCAAGGGUCAGGUUGGUUUCUGAAGCAUCUGAUAGUUACAGAUUUAAGUUCACCCAAGAAAGAGAAAUAUGUGCUUCCAUGCGGCAGGUGGUUAGAUGAUGGAGAGGAUGAUGGGAAUACAGAAAGAUUACUUAGAACAAUGGGACUACUUAAUAUUACAGAGCCUCAGUCAGUACCAUUAGAAUGUGGAGGUAAAUGGAGGAUUAAAAUCAGAACUUCAGAUUUUCAUGGUGCAGACUGCAAUGCUCUUGUUAUUCUCAAAGUCUAUGGAACCAAAGAUAACUCUGAACCAUUGCCCUUGCAUGGUGGCUUAAAUCUGUUUAGUCAGGGGAAAGAAUCAGAGUUUGAUGUCACUCUUGGUAAAAUAGGGGAAAUCACUAAAAUUAGACUACAGCCAGAAAAUGACAAAUCUGAUCCAUCCUGGCAUGUUGACUGGAUAUUAAUAAAACAUAUUGAAACUGGGUACCAUUGUUUAUUCAUCAUUGAUCGUUGGCUGGCUCUAGAUAAAGAAGAUUGUCAAAUUUUCAGAGAGUGCGCCAUUGAAAGUCCAGGCUGGAUGCCUGCACCAUUGUUAAGGUACAUUAUCCUCAUUCAGACUGGCAGACAUCCAAACUCUGGGGCUCAUGGUGGCUUGUGCUCCAUUAAUUUGAUUGGCUCACAGGGAGACACUGGCCAGCAGAUUCUGUCCCGCUCACUGAACACAUCAACUGACCAAAUGAAAGACAGCAUCCUAGAUGUGUACGUGAUGGAAGCUGUCUGUGUGGGCCAGCUCAGGAAUGUGAGACUGGGAUUUGAUGGAAGGGGAUUAGCCAAAAAAUGGUUCAUAGAGAGUGUGAGGGUUAUGGAGAGUUUAUCAGCUCUGACGUCUUCUGUCUUCACUGCUAAUUGCUGGCUGGAUGCUGAAAAAAAUACUUCAGUUGUUUUAACCUGUACAGAUACAAGCAUGGCUGCUUUUUUGCCGAGUGGUAUUGAUAAUACUUUGUUGGGGCAUUCUAUACCAGAGAGUAAAGGCUUGUGGGAUUUGUGGAUAUGGACAGGGAAUCAAGAUGGUGCAGGAACAAUGAAUGUCAUAUCUCUGGUUCUGUAUGGAACAACAGGACCAUCAACUCCAAUAAUACUGAACAAAAACAAAGAACUGUAUGCUGGCUCCUUAGUUCAUAUGAAGAUUGAAACAAUGAAUAUUGGUGACCUGUUCAAAAUAAGACUUGCAUUUGCUACUAAACAAAACCAGUCAUCCUGGUUUCUGGAAAGGAUAAAAUUAAAAGAUUCAGAUACUAAACAAGAAUUCAACUUUGAACACAAUAACUGGGUCCAGGUGUCAGAAGAAAAUCAAAAUGGUACAGUGGAGUUAGCUGCUGUUAGACCUGACCUUAAUCCUUUGUUGCCUGUUAGUUACAAAAUCAGUGUUACCACUGGUGAUUUGCCUUGUGCUGAGACCGAUGCUGAAAUAAGCCUGAUGUUGAUUGGCCAGUGGGGGGAUUCUGGACAGCAACUUCUGACUAAAUCUCUCAGUAAUAAAGUCUUGUUUAGAAGAGGACAGACAGAUGUGUUUGUGAGAAAUCUUUUAGAUGUUGGAAAGAUAAAUAAAAUAUUUGUAGGCCAUGGUGAGCAUGGGCGUGGCCAUGGGUGGCAUUGUCAACAAAUAUCUGUUCUGGCAACUGGACAGAAUGGGGAGAUGACAGAAACCAUAUUUGCAUGUAACAGAUGGCUAGACACUGGAGUUGAUGAUCGACAAACAUCAAGAGAGUUUGUAGCUUUAGGAAAUGUUGAGCUAAAAGAUGUCAUUGGCCCAUCUGCAAGAUUUGCUUCACAUGGCGUUUGGACAUGUCAUGUAAAAAUAGCAUCCAUUGAAAAAUUAGAUGUCAGUAAAUCUUCAUUUCAAGCUGUAAGCCAGAUUUUUCUAACUGUCUGUGGAACAAAUGGAGUAACUGGACCACUAGAACUUGGGGAAGGAAAAAUGCAAUUUUCUUUUGGUCAGAUAUUUACUUUAAAGGGCCUGAAAUUUAGAGAUAUUGGAGAGAUUGUAAAAUUGCGAGUAACUUAUGGCCGUGAAAACAGCAGAAGUUCUGCAUGGGUGAUAGAAGAGAUUGUGUUAGAAGAUGAGACUAACAGAGAGAAACUCAGGUUUGACUUCUCUGAGUGUGUGGGUGAAUUAAAUGGAGAUUUAAUAAAAGAAAGACCAGUUGUUCGACCAGGGUCAAAAGUGCCUCCAGUUGUACAGUAUGUUGUCAAGAUAAUGACAGAAGAUAUUCCAGGUGCUGGUACUUCAGCCAAUGUACACAUCAAUCUUAUUGGUAGUAAAGGAGACAGUGGCCGUCAUCUUUUGAGUUCACCAACCAAUCCAUUUAGGUCAGGUCAGCUACAAGAAUUUAUAGUUGAAGCAGUUGACCUUGGAGAGGUCAAUAAAUUAGCAUUGACUAAAGGUCCAGGUGACCCUUGGAUAUUAAAUCAUAUUGUGGUCAAGUCAGGAAUGUUUGGUCCAGUGGAAAACAUUUUCUUGUGUAAAAACACCAUAGGUACAUCUAGCAAAAGAGAUCAAGAGGUGGAUAUUACUCUGCCUGUAACAUUUAGCAGACCAACAGAUGUUGCUGUUCCCACAAGCAGCUUCCCAGACUUCCCUGUCACUCGUGGGCAAUGGACUAUAGAGACAACAACUGGCCCAUCUGGCAUCACUGAGAAUGGCCAGGAUAUUAUGGUAGUGUUCUGUGGGAAUAAAAAAGAGAGCUCUCCUGUGGAUUUAAAAGCCAAAAGACAAUCUUCUUUUCAACCAGGGAUGAAAGACAAGAUUAAGCUGACUUUGGCUGAAGAUGUAGGGGAAAUAAUCAAGAUUCGACUGGGAUUCAAAGACAUGUCUGGUCACAAAUCAUGGCAUUUGCAACAGAUCAAAUUUGAAGAUAAAGAUACCAGAGAUACCUUUUGGUUUGCUUUCAAUGAUUUUGUUAAGGUGGAUGAUGUUUCAGAUGGCUGGAGAGAGUUCCCAGCAAUUUGGCCUGGAGUUUAUAUAUUACCAAUCAUAAAGUACACCAUAACAGUGACUACAGGAGAUGAAGCAGAAGCUGGAUGUAAUGAGUUAAUUCUAGUCAAACUUAAUGGUCAGAUGGGAAGCACUGGCUACAGAAUCUUGAAAGAUACUGAACAGAAACAUUUUCAGCAAGGGCAGACAGACAUAUUUGUUAUUGAAGCAGUCAGUUUACUGAAUGUUAGCAGUGUUACCAUUGGGCAUACAAAUACAACUCCUGGAGCUGGAUGGUUUUUAACUAGAUUGAUUGUAAAACCAGACAAUGAAAAAAAAGAAUAUUUAUUCACAUGCAACAGGUGGUUUGAUGCAAGCCGUGAUGAUGGAGAGACUAUGAGGACACUUAACCUCAAUGAAGACGGAAGCACCACUGUUGUGAACACACACAAAUCUGUCAGACCCAGAAUAACAUCUCUACAAACCGUGGAGGGUGUAAUGAAACCAACAACAGUUGUUCCUCUUGGUGAUAAAGGGAAGCCACCUAGUCCCAAAAUCCAUAGUCCAGCAUCAAAGAAAGCACAUUCCUACAGUGUCACUAUAGUCACUGGUGAUGGAGAGAGUCAUGGGACUGCAGCACAGUUGGUUCUCAUAUUGUAUGGAGACAAAGGUUUCACAGAACCAAUGAUUGUAGGUAAAGGAGUCAGAUUUUUUUCCCUGAAGAAUGGUGCUACUCAGAACUUUGAGAUAAGCUCUGAAAGAGAGGUUGGGGAUCUUUACAAAGUGCGUAUUGGGUUUGACUCUCAAGGGAAAGAGAAGCAGUGGUACUCUGACUUUAGUUCCUGUCCUUCAUGGUUUGGAAAAAUGAUUAAAAUAAAGGAUAACAAAACACAUGAAGAAUAUCAAAUACAUAUUGAGAGAUGGAUCAAGAUGGAGACCGACCAUGAUUAUUGGAGGGAAUUCCCAAUUAAACCAAAGUAUUCUAGUCAUCUUUUAUCAGUGAAGAACUAUUUUGUUGAUGCUUACACUGGUGAACAGCCAGGGGCAGGAACUUAUGCCAAUGUCUAUGUUCAAAUUUUUGGUCAGCAUGGUGAUACUGGAUGGCGCCACUUGCAUGGGUCAAAGACAAAUAUGAAUAAGUUUCAAGUUGGCUAUCAUGAUGUGUUUUACAUUGAGGCUGUUGACCUUGGAAAACUAUCCCAGAUCAAGGUGAAGCAUGAUGGCCUUUUGCCUGGUGAUGGGUGGUUCUUAAAAUGUUUCAAAGUUAAAGAUACUGAGAAUUCCAAGCAGAUUUAUUUUUUCUCUUGUGAAAGAUGGUUGGAUGUGGGAAAAGAAGAUCAUGCCAUUGAGCGUAUCUUUCCACUAACAGCCAUUUUAACAGAUGAGGAUGAGGGCAGUAAAGAUGAGACUAUCAAUAAUGAAGAGGAAAAUAAAGAUAUAGAAGAGAAUGAAAAUAUGAAAGAAAUUGAUUUGCCUGAACACACACCUGAAACUACAGUACAAAAAAAAGAUAAAUCAAAAGUAGGAGACUGGAGAGUUUACACUAGGACUAGUGAUGAGCCAGGUAGUGGAACAGAUGCCAAUAUCAGCUUGACCAUCUUUGGUACCAAAGGAGAUUCUGGUCCUCUUGCACUGGGUAAAAAAGGAGAAGGGUCUUUUCAUCCUGGGCACACAGAUGAAACAAAAGUUUGGAUUGAUCCAAAUAAAAUUGGAGAGAUCAGAAAAAUUCGACUUCAACAUGAUGACAUUGCCACAGAUUGGAAAGUUGAUAAUCUUGUCAUGGAAAAUCCUAGCACUGGUGAGAAGCACAGCUUUGAGGUGAACAGAUGGCUGUCCCAUAAAGAAAUUGAUGGAGACAUUGUAUUUGAAGGUGCAGUCAAACAGCACAACCAACCAGUUGCUUCUACUUGUAAAUACAUUGUUAAGACCAUUACUGAAAGUGAAGAAAAUGCAGGAACUGAGGCUAAUGUGUAUAUAAAUCUUAUAGGAAAUCUAGGGGAUUCUGGAAAAAGAUUUCUAGUGAACAGCAGUAAUGGAGGUGAAAAGUUUUCAGCAGGAAAAACAAACUAUUUCACUAUUGAAGCAGUGGAUCUUGGUGAUCUAGAAAAAAUAGUCAUUGGUCAUGAUGGAACAACACCUGAAGAUGCUUGGAAACUUCUGUGCGUUAUGGUUCGAAAAGCUGACUCUGCCAACAGAGAUACUUCUGUGUUUCCUUGUGGAAAAUGGCUGACAAGUGAGGACGGUGAAAUUACAAUAUUCAAGGGUAAAAUACAGGAAGACGAUGAUGAUGACUAUGAUGAGGAUGAAGAUUAUUAUGAGGAUUAUAAUGGCCAUGCUGAUGAGCAAAUUGAUAACCAAUAACCUUCUUGCUUUUGUUGAUGUCUGUAAUGGUCAACCAUGUCAGUUAACCUGUUACCAAAUUUAUAAACUUUUGGUGUUUUGUUUUUUGUUUUGAUUUAGCACUCAAUCUUUACAUCUUUUUAUUUCCUUAAAUUUUUUAAUUGAACAAAAUUAUUUGUAUUUUCCAACAUUUUGCAUCUACAUUCUUUUAAUUUUUUCCUAUUGUUUUUUUUCUUUAAGUUCAUUGCAUUUUAUUGGUAACAAUAAUCUGCAUAUCUUAUAGCUAUUUUUUUUUUAAAAAAAGCUUAUAUCAAGUCUGUAUGUCUGGCAAAAAGUUAAAUCACAUUUUUUUUUACUACACCCAUUCUUGGAUCAAGAUGAAACUUUGCACAAUUAUUCAUUGGCAAAGAUAAUACAUGAAACAAUUAAAAAAAAAAAAAUUAGUUUAUUACUGGUAAUUAAUUAUUUUGUUUGAUACCAACAAGGUAAAUUAAUCCUUCAAUAUCCACAGAUAUUUCUAAAUAUACAGGGUUUUGUCCCAUU